CUUCUUCAACGCUACAAUUUAGUCGCUUGAUGCUCAAACCUCAAUGACUGAUACACACCGAUGUACCAAUGUGGAAGGAAUAGGAUAUGGUAAUAAUCUAAAAAUCUUACGAAAUAAGGGAGGUUAUUAAAGACAUGUAAUGCAUUUAUGACAGGGCGUCUUCGUGGCGUGAGAGAAGGAAGUCACAAACAGAGCAUGCUCCACGAGCCGCCUGCGAGGCUUUUUUCGUCUGGAAUUCUGCGGGUUUAUAAAUGAUUCAUAGAGUGAGCCUAUUUUUAAGCGGUGUAAUUGCGCGCAGUUCGCACAGUCAGCCAGUUUGUUACUAUCAGCUAUGAGUGCGUGUUCUGUUUUCGCGUGAGCGCUUGCGUGUGAGUGAAAGCCGGUCUCCAAUCUGCAGAGGAGACGGAGAGGAGAUUCCAGACGACAGAAACAGUGAGCGUGUGGAAACUUCGUGAGAGACAGUCAAAUUUUAUUGGCUUUAAUCCUGGGGUUUGAUCGAAUAUAUCGUCAAAGCCUGCCAGCCAGUAUAGCCGUUGGACAAGGGAAUCAACUGUUGCUGCAGCAGACCGUUUUCAAAGGGACAUUAGGCUAGUCACAAUUCAUCAAGUCUGUGUUGCUGAAUCUAUACAUGAGUUUGAGAAUGGAUUUUUAACCAUCACCUGGACCUAGUUUAUUUAUUGUGCUGCGCGUUGGAUGCAUGUUGUUUAUGGUCUGUUCUGAUACUGCAUAGAGAAUACAUGCUCUUCCAGAAUGAUCCCACUCCACGCCUCUCCUGGCUUUUUGAUAUUGUUUUAUCAGAUUUUUGUAUCAGACAGUAGCAGUUGCUUGUAGGCAAGAAGGCACAUUUGGGCUAUUUGAACCAUUCCAAAGGCAUUUGGAGGAUUAUAGUGGAUUGUUUCUUUCUCUGUGACCUUGCCUCUCCGGCGUUAAUCCAGACGGAUAGAUGCUGAUGAUGGAGAAGAACGGCAUGGACGCGCAUCAGGUUGGAAUCAAUCAUGAAUACGAGCUGGAGGGCCGGCCUCGGUCAUGCUGGCCGCUGCCGCCGUGUCCUGAGGAUUUCCCACGGGGAGUGGAUGAAGCAAAUCGAGGUCUGCCCCUGGCAUCUAUCAAACUGGAGCAGCUUCAGUACAACGUGCCGACAUGCCGCGGCGGAGCAGCCGAGGGAAGAGGUGGCGCACCCGUAGAGCUCAAACAUCCAUCCGGCGCCCCGGUCCCUAUCGCACCCGGCGCUCCUACAUGCAUGUCGGGGGCUUCCCUCGACGUGGCUGGCCAACUGCGCAAAGCCAAGUCGUCCCGGAGGAACGCGUGGGGAAACCAGUCGUACGCGGACCUCAUCACGCGUGCCAUUGAGAGUGUCCCGGAGAAGAGACUCACUCUGUCGCAGGUUUACGAUUGGAUGGUGCGAUUUGUCCCUUAUUUCAAGGAUAAAGGCGACAGCAAUAGUUCAGCUGGAUGGAAGAACUCCAUCCGCCACAACCUGUCCCUCCACACUCGGUUUGUCCGUGUCCAGAAUGAGGGGACAGGGAAGAGUUCCUGGUGGAUGCUGAACCCAGAGGGAGGGAAGAUGGGGAAGGGACCCCGACGACGCGCCGCCACAAUCGACUGCCCCAACGGCACCAAGUACCUGAAGAGUAAAGGACGGGCCAGGGGUAAGAGGCCUGGAGCCGGAGCUGGCAGUGGAGCUGUUGGUCGGGGCAGGCGGCAGGGUUACGGCCUGGGUCACGGGGCUCGACCGGGGAUGCAUCAGGGGUCUCCGGAGCAUGGUAGUCCUGCAGGGAAGGGGGGAGCAGGGGUGGGAGGAGAGGAGUACGAUGCCUGGACGGAUCUCCACUCCCGGACCUCCUCUUCUGCUUCGACACUUAGUGGCUGCCUUUCUCCCAUCCUGGCCGAGGCUGAGCCAGAUGAACCAGAGGAAGGAGGCCUUUCUUGCUCCACCUCCCCCCGCCUCUAUCCUAGCCCUACCGCAACUCGCUCCCCUGCCCUGGGCACUGGGGGGCACUGCCCAGGAACCUCCUUGGAGCUGCCCCAACUCACUGACCUGACUGGGGCUAUCAGCCUGGAAGAGGGCUACCCCCACCCCCAGAACCACCGACAAACCCAGCCUCGUAAUGGCUACCCCAGCCCCUACGGCACCGGCCCCAAGGGGGAAGGCUCCUACUGCGGCCCCGUCUACGGGCAGCCGCCUCUGGGCAUGCUGCAGCUCCAUGCCCCCAUGCCCAUGCAGACCAUUCAGGAGAACAAGCGAGCCAGCUUCCAGCGCCCCCUGAGGGCCUACUCAGAGAACAAUGCCCUGCAGAGCCUGCUGACCGGAGGGCCUGGAGGUCCUCAGUACUGCAGUAAGGACAUGGUCACACUGGGAGGGCAAGGAGGGGAGUCACACACGCUGCUGACCCAGGUAACCAACGGGGUUCACAGCCACAAUCAGAGUCGCAGCAGCCAUAAUCAUAGCCAUAGCAACCAUAAUCAUAAUAACCACGAGCAUGGACACAAUUCAGGCCCACACAAUGGUCAUGGCUCAGUUCAUGACCAGAACCCCAGCGGUCAUCUUCAGAAUGGCCUCCACAAUCAUGGACAACCCAACCUGGACUAUAACCAUAGCCACAAACAACACCUCAGCCCGGCCACUGACUACAACCAGAGUCACAACCACAAACUGAACACAAGCCAUGACCACACUCACCAGUCCAACCAGGGUCACCUCCACGGUCACCUCCAGGGUGGACCCAGACCUCCAGCCCUCCAGGCUCUUUCUCCCAGAGUCAACACAGACAUCCUGCAGCCCUACAGCCUCAAAACCCCCACCCCAACUCCUAGCCACUAUGGCCCCCUCGCCCCCCACCUCCCCACCCCCAACCCCUCGUCCAUUCCCCCCAACCCUGCCUCUGUUCUCGACAUACCCCAGGACCCCUGCCUCCGCCUGGCCUCCGCCCCGGCACCUCACCCCCACCCUCGCCACCAGCCCUACCCCGGUACCACCUACCACCAGGGUAUAACUAUGACUGACUCCUGGCAUGGCUACUACCACCACACCCUCCACCCCACCCAGAACUACCAGGGCCACCCCCACCACAGCACUCACCACCCCAGCCGCAUGGCUCCAGACCUGGAUGUAAACGUAGACAUUCUCCCCAGCAGCCUAGACUGUGACGUGGAGUCCAUCCACCUCCAUGACUUCAUGGACACAGAGGGGAUGGGGAUGGACUUCAACUUUGACGGCUCCCUGUCUCAAGGAGUGGGCAUGGGCAUGAGCAUAGCCGCUUUCGCCGGAGCGCCGCAGGGACAUCACAGCCAGAACUGGGUGCCUGGGUGAAGGUGAUUGGUCAGGGAAGCCCAAGGACCAAUCAGGACACAGCAGAAAGGCUUUUACCCACAAGGCCGAGCUGCAGAGGUCAGAGGUUAGGGAUCAGGGUCGGAGCGUACCCUUGGACUGACUGAUUGACUGUGAUGCUUAAUGCUCCAAGACAAAAUAACUGAAUGUGUCUUGUCAUGUUGUUUCCUGAGGGUCCCUUUAACUGUACAAUCUGUGUUCUCUCAUUCUUUCUCUUCCUCUCUCUUUGUUCAUUCUAUCCCUUUCUCUCCCCCUCUCUGUGUUCUCUUUCUCAUUCCUUCUACACUCUAGUGGUGCCACAGCACCCUCCCAGCUCUGUGCUAUCCCCCUGGUUCAUGUCCUUCAGUUUGUCUGCUCUACUUUAUCAAUCAUUUCUUGGCCAUCCAUAAGCUCUCAAGCACUUUACAUCCGUUGCUUUCAAAACAGAUGCAGUAUAACAAAGACCAGGGGAAAGUCAGUCUCUGUUGGCUUAAGUUGAAUUUAUGCAAACCCCUUUAUUAUCCAUCUCUUCUUAUAAAAACGAGAGAGGCGGUAUCUUACUUGAGAACAGGAUCAAACAACUGCAUAAAUAAAUGGGUUCAGCAGGUUGAGAUGCGGGUGCUUUUCAGAAUGUUUUGCAUACUGGUUGGAAAGUAGGGAGGUCGGGUGGAUGGAAGGAGGGAUGGAUGCAGGGUAGGAAGAGGAGGUUGGCUGCACCAGGGUCAGUGCAAAUUCUCCUUCCUCAAUGAUGGAGGGAUGAAAAGAGGCAGGGAUAGAGGGAUGGAGGGAUGGAUUGAGGUCAGGAGUUCUCCAUCUCCCUGGUGGUGUCACCCACAAUAGAUAGAUGGAGGAAAAGAGGAUAGAUUGAGGAUAAGGUUGGUUGGUUGUUGUGUGCCCCAGUGUGGUCCAGGAGGACAGCCAUCCAUCAGACAGCCUUCAUCACCAACUAGUUAAGUGAACGAUCUCCUCUUUAAUCUGUUGGAGUAAUGUGAUGGUGAUGCAUCACUAUUGCAAAUUUAAUGUGUUGCUCCCCCCUCCCAUUCACCUCCAUCCGGACACACGCACACGCACACGCACACGCACACGCACACACACACACACACACACACACUCUCUCUCUCUCUCUCUCUCUCUCUCUCUCUCUCUCUCUCUCACCAUUCACCAUUCACCUCCGGACAGACUUUGUCAAGGCUUAAUGUGUUUUGGCCAAAGUGAUGAUUAAGGUCACUGUGCGCUAAAUAGCGGAGGAGGGAGAGAUGGAGGGAUGAGGGAGGAAAGAAUUAAUGCUAAUAUUCCCUCUGUGCCUCUUCCUCUCCAUUUGGUGGAUUUAUGUAGCUUUCCCCAUAAUGAAAUAAGGAGUGAUCAGGUCCUAUCCUCCCUGUAUCCCUUCCUCCCUGCCUCCCAUCCUCCCUGCCUCCCUGCUUCCCAUCCUCCCUUUCUCCCAUCCUCCCUGCCUCCCAUCCUCCCAUCCUCUCUGCCUCCCUG